GACAAUAUACCAUUUGCUGGCUCGAGAAAAUGAGGCAGUUUCGAUUAGGGAAUUACUGCAACAAGGAUUCAAGGCAGAUACAGAUGAUAAUGGCUUUUAUCCCUGGCAUACUGCUGCAUCAUAUGGGAACAUCGAAGCAAUGGCAUCAUUUUAUGUGCACAGAAAUUCCAACUUCAAUGAACCCUGUAAUCACUUCCAAUUCAGUAUUCUUCACGUGGCUGUUUUGGGGAUAGGGAACACUGAAAAGCAGGCUAAAAUGAUUGAAUACAUUGUAAACAACAUCAGCGAGACUGUUAUAAAUGAGACAGAUGUUUAUGGACGAACACCUCUCUUUUGUGCUGCUCAGUAUAAAAAACACAAGCUUGGCGAAGUUUUACUGGGACUGGGAGCUGAUCCCGAAGUGAUAACAUCAUUUAAAUACAGUGCACUUGGUAUGGCAUCCACUAGCUGCCCUAAUCUAAUGAUGAGUCUAAUGGACUGGGCUCUUGAGAAAGAAAAAGAGGAUCCAAGUCGGUCAAUUAUGACAAAAAGUGAUGUUCAAAUUCUAUAUAACACCAAGGUUGACAAUAAACUCAUGUUACAUCCAUAUAUAAAGCACAUUAUUGGUGAUAUAAACAAAGGAAAAACGCUAGAACUUCAAUUGAUUACUCUGCUAUGCUACGUCUUGGGGACAGUUUGUGUCAACUGGUUGUGUAUGACAAAUGAACAUGAAGCUAAUGGCUACUUUGAAAUUGACGGCUCUAUAGAAAUAUCACAGAUUCUGUACAGAAUAGCAAUUCUUUUGACUAUAGUCUUGAUCGUUAUUGACUUUUAUCAGGCAAAAGAAAUGGUUCAUUCAGUUAAAAUGAUUAAAGUGCAACGAGAUGAUUUGCAAAGUCUAUCAGGAUACAAAUCAACGCCAUACCAUCCAGAUAUAUCAGCUGAUAAGGCAAUGACAAUAAAACAAGCGCAAAGCAUGCAAAGGGUCAUGGUUAAAAAAGCCAUUCUUCACUCAAUCGAACUAGUGAUUUGCCUUCUUGGAAAGGUGACUGUUUUAGCCUGCCAAUUCAUGCCUAAUGAAGUGGAGAAAGGAGAAAUAAAUACACGAGAUUACCUUCUCAGUGCUGCACUGGUGCUAAUUUGGUGGGAGUUGUAUCGAAAGUUACUUUGGUUGACUAUCAUGCCUGAUUGUCUGGUAGUUUACGGUUUGGUCGUUCUCAGGUGCAUGUUUGCAAUUAUUGAGAUCAUGUUGGUGGCAUUUAUCAUAGCCAUUCCCUUCAUCUUGAUUCUGGUCAAAAUCUCAUUUAUGCAAAAUAUGACUGUAUAUGUGGGUGACAAUAAUACCAACGUGGGACAGACGAUUCUUUUUGUGAUAGGACACAUUUUCAAAUUACUCACCUUGGACAACUUCCAUGAUUAUGACUUUGAACGUGAACAUUCAAUUUUUUUGUCAUUCUUCUAUCCAGUAGCAAUGUCGAUCUUCUCUUUGGUGGUACUUAAUAUGUGUAUUGCCAAACUGUCCAUUGAGUACAAAUUCAUUACAGACAAUGCUCAAUAUGAAAUCAAUAGACAAAGGUUGUAUAUUAAGGUUGAAUGGGACACUGAAACAAUCAAAGAAGAACGGGCUAUGAGUGUCGAAAUGGAGCGGAUAAAGUCAUGUUUUUGUUGCACUUGA